GGCUCUGGCGCGAGCCGCGCGGGCCACUCGGCAGCACGAAGGCGCCCGCGGCGCCGCGCAGGACGCAGGCCCGUCGAGAUGCCGCCACAGCAGAAUGGCGGCGGCUCUUCGCUGGGGGACCUGUACUCGAAGUGCGUACAGAUGGUGAACGAGAACAAGAUAUCCACAAAGAAUGCCUUCGACUUGCCCCUCAUCGAUCACAUGGACGAUAUCGUCGACGGGUUCAUGGGCGGGGGCCGGGCCGCCAAGGGCGGAGGCGCGGGCUCCAGCUCCAGGGCAAGCCAGGGCCGCUCCUCCAAGGCGCCUGCUUCGGAGGAGGAGGCGCAGGAGCACAGGUUCCACGAGGCGAGCUGCACCAUCGAGGCGUCAGCGAGAAUCUACGCCUGCCGGGUCGACUGCGUCCACACGGAUACCUACCGGGUGCUCGGCGGUCUCAGCGCAGGCAUCGAGGAGGAGGACGUGGCGGAGGGGGCCGAGGGGCCCGGGAAGAAGCGGCGGCGCAUCUGCGGCGUGAACACGCUGGAGAGGAACGAGGCCACCAUCAUCCAGCAGCACUUCGAGGCCGACGAGCAAAGUGACCCGAUGUUCCGCCGCAUGGCCGCGGCCUUCGACGCCGGCGGAGCAAAAGGCCUGCUCCUCAGCCACCUGCCGGUCGCGGAGGACCUGUCGCUGGUGUUUAACGGCGACGUGCCGAUGAGCAGGGCCCCAGCCGCGGCCAAGGACAUGUUCUCCGGGCGAGGGCCCGUGCCCGUCGGGGCGCUCGGCCUCGGCGACCCCGACGGCGCCCGCUCGAAGGGCGCUGGCCGAGGGCGGCCGCGGCCGCGGCCGCGGGCCGCCGCCACGGAGGUGCUCUUCGGGGCGCUGCCGGCCGUGCGCCUGCCCGACGCCCUCGAGGACUGCAGGGAAGUGGUCCUGAAGGGCACCCUCACCGACUCGACCUUUCACGCAGGUGGGCCAGUGGUGCACGUUUCUGCACACCACGUGGACCGCCCCCCCGUUGACGGGCACCCGAAGCGAGAGAGCGUCUCGGGGCACCUGCGGCACCGGUGCGAUGGGGCCGCUGCCGAAGGGGUCUUCGGGGACGGGGGGGAGGCGGCACUGGCGAAGCGCGCGCAGAGCACUCGGCGGCAGAGCACGCAUCAGAGCCAGCGGGCUGCGCGCGAUCCGACGGUGCACGGCGGUUCGUGCACUGUCUUUGUUGCUGGCGAGUGGGGGCGCAGCGCGCAGCCGCGGGCGGCGACCGUGGCGCAGGCGCCCGACAUGGUGCUGGAGGACGCACUGCCAGCAGGCGCUGACGACGCGGACCUUCCGGCCGCGGACGACGCAUGGGCCAACGAGAUGAGCAUCCCUGGCCCGAUGGACGACCCGAUGCCUCCCACCGGCUCGCAGCCGAUGUCGUUCCCAGCAGGCGGCGCCGGCGCCGGCGCCGCCGCGCUGCCGCUGGCCGACAUGGAGCCCCUGGGCGGCGACUUCCGCCGCAACACCAGCAGCAGCGAGGACGUGAUCGCGUUCGACGAGCUCUUCGAGAAGUUCUGCGGCGGCGGGGGCGCCCACGGCUUCGCGUACUUCGACGAGUGCUGGGGCAGGCAGAGGGAUCCGAAGGCCUCGGUGGGCGCCAUCCAGGACGCCCAGGCCCAGGCGGCGGCGGGAGGCGAAGAGGGCGUGCUGGCGGUCCCCGGGGACGUGCAGCCCGAGGCGGGGGGCCGCGAGAGGCCGCAGAAGCGCCCGCUGUUCGACCUCACGGGCCUCGACAAGCCAGCGAAGACCAUAGAGACGGAGCCGGUGCACAAGCACCAGCUCUCGGACCGCGCGGCGCACUGGCAGCUGCACAAGGACGUGCCCCCCUACAUGAUCGACCGCAUCACGAUGCCGAGCUGGCCCACGUGGUCCAAGUGCGAUUUCGCCUGCCUGGGCCUGAGGCCCCACCUGAUGCUCAAGCUGGUGAAGAAGCCCCAGCCGGCAGGCGAUGGGCCCCACAGCUUCUCGGACCUCUUCUCCACCGUCGUGGUGGAGAACCCGGACGCGUACCCCUGGCUCGUUGCCGACGGCAAGGGAGGAAAAGGUGCGAAGGAAGCGUUCCUGGAAAACCGCAAACGCCCCGCCGCCAUGGGGUGCGGAGCUUCCGCAAGGGCUGCUCCCAAGCCGGGCGACGGCGUGGUGCAAGACAAGCAGGCCGUGGCCGAGCCCCCGGCAGAGGCAGAGCCCUCGGCGGUGCCCUCCGUCGUGGCGCAGGACGAGAAGGCCCACACGCCCCAAGACGAUGCCCGUGCUGCAGAGACGGCGACGCCGACUUCCGUGGCCACGAAGAAGUCGGUGGAGAGCGCGGGCAGCAGGAAGGCCGCCAUGGACGUGGAGGAGGGGGAGCACAUGAAGCGGAAGUCCUCGCUCAAGACCAAGGUGGAGCUCUGGUUCAUGGACGGCAUCCCCGAGCUCUACGGGGUCAGCGACACGGACCAGCUCCGGGCCGAGCUGCGGGAGGAGGGUCAGGCGGCGGUGGUGGCCCAGUGCCUGGAGGCGGGCAGCCUGCGGGCGGACGCGGCGGAGCUCCUGGCGCAGUGGCUCCACGACGCCCCCGACGCCGCGGCCCGGGAGGCUUUCGUGGCGCGGGCCGUGGGCGCGAUGUCGAAGAUCUACGGCGGGGCGGAGGAGGACGCCCAGCAAGGGAAGAAGGUCUGCUUCACCGAGUCGAUCGAUGCCAGCGCGGGCGCGGGGGCGCCGAUCGACCGCGUGUCGACGGGGGCCGUGAAGGUCAAGUUCACGAUGCCCGAGGAUUCCGACCCGGACGAGGACGACGAGCCCACGAGGGGCAUCCAACGCAGGGCCACGGGGAUAGUGACGCAGCAGCAGCUGCGGGCAAUGAUGAUGCAGAACUACGACGAGGACGAGGACGAGGAGUCCGACGAGGAGGAGCAGGACGACGAAGCCUUCGAGGCCGAGUCCAAGGCGUACGCAGAGAAGCAGGCGGCAUCGAGGGGCACCGCGUACGUCAGGAAGGCAGUGUGCGCCGAAGUGCACGAGGCGGACGAGGACUGGGAGCCGCCGAGGCACGAGAAGACGCCACAGCAGCAGACCCGGCUGACUGCGGCCGUGGGCUCGUGCUUCAUGUUCGCCGCCCUGGAGCCAGAGCAGAUGGAGAAGGUAGUCGACGCCUUCGAAGAAGUGCGCCUGGAGGAGGGCUCGACGGUGAUCCGCGAGGGCGACCUGGUCGGCGACAGCGAGAGAGGCCUGUACGUGCUGGAGGACGGCGAGCUCCACGUGCACAAGGGGACGCUCGGACACGUAUUCACCUACUCGAAGCAGGGCGAUUUGUUCGGAGACUUGGCGCUCCUGUACAACGCCCCGCGGGCGGCCACUGUGAUCGCGACGAAGCCGUCGGUGGUGUGGUGCAUCGACCGCGCCACCUUCAACAACCUCGUCAAGAACCAGUUGAGGCAGGUCAAGGAAAAGCGUCUCGAAUUCCUGAAGUCAGUCGAGGUAUUGAAGACCCUCGACCCCGACCAGCUAGCCAAGCUCGUGGACGUGCUCAGGGAGCGACGGUUUGGCGACGGCGUGAUCGUCAUAGAGGAGGGCGAUGAAGGUGACGAGUUUUUCAUUCUCGAGAAAGGCGCUUGCCGUGCAAGCAAGGGCGGGGAGUUCGUGAUGAGUUACGAGCCUGGAACGUAUUUCGGGGAGCUGGCUCUCCUAGAGGACCAGAAGCGAGCCGCUCAGAUCUCCACGACUAUGUCCAGCUCUCUGCUGAGCCUCGACAGGUCCUCCUUCGACCGCGUCCUGGGGCCGUUGAAGCCGCUGUUGAUGGAGCAUGCCGACUCCGAGUACAAACGGUCGCCCACAGGCACCGCUUCAAACACCUUUAACCCACCGCCUUGA